UAGUACUACUCUCUGUGCUGCCUCUGUGCUGUAGUACGUCUACUCUGUGUGGUGUGUGCAGACAGACGUGACAGCAGACGUGCAGUGCAGUGUACACGUUGGAUCGAAUUCCCGGCCGUGGAUAUAAAUACACAUAGACACGCACACGCCUCUGGGAACCUUGUCUUGAUUCCUUUUCUACCUACAGGUAGGGCGACGGUAGGUGUUGGCCGGCGGCAUUGCAUCGACGACGACGACGACAGACGGCGCGGCGGCGGUUCAGCUGGUCGAUCGAGAUCCAUGGGGCGGCCGCCGUGCUGCGACAAGGAGGGCGUGAAGAAGGGGCCGUGGACGCCCGAGGAGGACCUCGUCCUCGUCUCCUACGUCCAGGAGCACGGCCCCGGCAACUGGCGCGCAGUCCCCGGCAACACAGGGCUGCUGCGGUGCAGCAAGAGCUGCCGCCUCCGGUGGACCAACUACCUCCGCCCGGGCAUCCGCCGGGGCGGCUUCUCCGACCACGAGGACAGGCUCAUCGUCCACCUCCAGGCGCUCCUCGGCAACCGCUGGGCCGCCAUCGCCUCCUACCUCCCCGACCGCACCGACAACGACGUCAAGAACUACUGGAACACGCACCUCAAGAAGAAGCUCCUCCUCCAGCACCAGCAGCGCCAGCGCGCCUCCACCGCCGCCGCCUCGUCGCUGCCGUCGCCCAGCAAGGGGCAGUGGGAGCUCAAGCUGCAGACCGACAUCGACCUCGCCAGGCGCGCUCUCCGCGACGCCCUCUCCGUCGACGCCGCCGCCGGCCCGCCGGGGAUGGCCGCCGCGGGCUCGGCGCCGACGGCGGCGCCAGCACAACCGUACGCGCCCACUGCGCGCAGCGUCGACGGGAUGCUGCUGGACGGGUGGGCGGCGGCUCCAGCGGCAGGGAGGAGCUGCGCCGUCGUCGGUGGCACCGUCAUCCCGGCCCCGGCCCCGGCGACGCCGCCCGGCGCGACCGACAGCACGUCGGGGUCGUCGUCGGUGCUAACGACGGAGUGUUCUGGCUCCAUCUCCAGCGCCUCUAAUAAACGCGCCGCGCCGCCGGUGGCUGCCGGGCACCGGCUGCUGCUCGUGCACGAGGAGAACUCGACAUCGGCCGGGCAAGGGGAGGUGCCACUGUCGGCGAUCGAGUCGUGGCUGCUGGAGGACGCCGGCGGCGAGCAGAAGCUGCCGCACGAAAGCCUCCUUCUCGAUGCCGCCCUGCAUAAUUUCGGUUUCUAAUACUAAAUGUCAAAAUAUGUCGCUACAACAAAUCGAGUGUGGUUAAUUAUGCUAGUCGUACUAAUUAAUCUAGUCCUUUUCUGCCCAACUAAAUUUAGCUUAGUAUAGGUACUAUGUAGUACCAGUCGCUGUUCUACUUGUCAUCCGUACAACACGUACGGUACGCAGAUGACGAUUUGUGUCACUGCACGAAGCAAUAUAAGCAAGUGGGUGAUCGCAACACUAUGAAAGCCGUUUGCUCAUUUUUACCGUUCAUAUAUGUGGGGGGAGCUAAAUG